AGACCAAUGGCAAUGGUUCGCACUUUUAUGACGAGAGCCUGUUUAAAGGAAACGUUUGCGACACUUCGUUAUUCUAUGCUUGGAUCGGCAAAAGUAACUAUCAGUGUACAUAUUUCCCGUAGAAUUAGCCACGAGUAAAAAGAUCAUGGAAGUAAAGGUCAUGCUAUGUUUUGUUUUAUUUGCUUGCGUUUGGUACGCAGAUGGCUGCCAUCGCCCUUCCAUCAGGCAUUUGCGGUCGUUAGAAUACCCUGCCGAGAGACAAGAAGGGAGUGUUGAAAAGAACGGAGGUCAUUAUAGUGUCACACUUCAAGCUCAUCCGUGUAGAUUCGAUACCUACGAUGCAGACCGAGACGGAGAAAUCAGUAAGAGGGAAGUACAGGCUAUACUCGGAAUUGCCGGGGAGACAGACUCUCUAUUCGCGGAGCUUAAUAUAAUGCCAGAUGAUGGAGUUAUCAAACCAGAAGAAUUCUAUGCCAAAGUACCUCAGAUUAUAACUCAGUGUUUAGAUACUACCAACUAAAAUUCCUAGGGAGAUGUAUUUGCAUAAAUAAACGGAAAAUAUUAUUUACAAUAUGAUACGUUUAAAAUACUAUUGUUUGUAUUGAAUAAAAAAAUGUUUACGGUUUCUUUCUAAAAAUUCUUAAAUGCCUUUCUAGCACUUGCUGAAAUAGGGUAAACUAAUUGUCAGCUAGCUGUUAUCACAUUCAUUUUGAAAAUGUUGUACUUUAUUAUUAAUUUAUACCAUCUCAGCUCUCAAAAUAAAAAUGUUAUAUAUACAUAUGGGAAAAAGAUGCGGAGAAAGAUGCUCAACUCUUUACAUUUUAAUAUUGUCUAUAAACAUUUAAAAAUAAAAAUAAAAUAAAGAAAGAAAUAACAGGUUUUACCCUAUCGAUGCGGGCUCUUCAGAUAAAUGUCCUAUAUAUAGGUUAAAUGUAGUAAUCCUGUAGAUAUAUCUUUUAUCAAACUUAUUGUCAGCUAGCUGUUUUCACAUACUUGCACAAAUAAUGUUUGUACUUUAGGAAUAUUUUUUACUAUUGUCGUGGCGGUUACGGUUAACUCUUUUAACUUUAAUAUAAUGUAUCCUAAUAGUUCGAAACCUGAACUUUUAACAAUAUAGCAGCAAGAAAAGGAACAAAAACAUGAAUAAAAUGUAUUUAAAGCAGUUAGUUAGUUUUCCCAGUUCAUAUAUAUCUUUAAAGUUAUCCGAUGUAAUCCGCUGCUUCGUUUACCCACACCAGAAGAAGGAUACUAAAAUAAAAGAUCCUAUCCUAUUCAGAACUGUUACUGAAAGUCAGAAAAUUGAGUAUAAAAUCAAAUAUACAGAUUUUAAGUAAAGAUGACAUAUUAAGCAUACAUACUGUUUGUCUUCCGUGGAUCAAUACUUCCUUCUUAUACCAGUACAUUGUAUAUCACAUACUUACAUUAAUAAAUCCUUGAAAAUGC